UCCAGAUAGAGGCAUCACUUGAACACCUCAAGGAUUUCUGGGCGCCUAAAUGAGGUGCUCUGCGGCUGCAAAGGGAACCCCCCCCCCCCUCCUAACUUUCUGAGACAUCUGAAGGAGGGAGGAGGGCACUUCCUAACCAAGUUCAAUCUGGAACUGGGUAGCGCAAAGACACGUCGGCCUUGAUGCUGCAGAUGUGUAGCGUGCGCGCAGUGUGGCUGUGACGGUUGUGAAAGAACGAUGCUUUUCCUGGAGCGACCGCGCAAGAUGAACCCGGAGCGCAAUGAACGAGGGGAGCGUCCUUCGCAUCGAGGCCCAGACAUGGAGCCUAUUCCUGGGGCGAAGAAGGGCAAGGUGUCCAUGAGCUUCCAGAGGAGCUCCACCUCGGACGACGACUCUGGCUGUGCACUGGAGGAAUAUGCAUGGGUGCCGCCAGGACUUAGGCCUGAGCAGGUCCAGAUGUAUUUCUCCUGUCUGCCGGAGGACAAGGUGCCGUACGUGAACAGCUCCGGUGAGAAACACCGGAUCAGACAGCUCCUCUACCAGCUGCCCCCUCACGACAAUGAGGUUCGUUACUGCCAGUCUCUAACAGAGGAGGAGAACAGGGAGCUUCGCAUGUUCAGCGCCCAGCGGAAGAGAGAGGCGCUCGGGAGGGGAACGCCCAAGAUCCUGCCCCGAGCUCUGCAACACACUCGCUGCGAAAACUGUGGCGGUGGGAUCAAUGGAGGGGAGAUGGCGAUCUUUGCCUCGAGGGCUGGACCCAACCCCUGCUGGCAUCCAGCAUGCUUUGUGUGUGCUACGUGUCAAGAGGUGCUUGUGGAUUUGAUCUAUUUCUACCAAAAUGGCAAGAUCCUCUGUGGAAGACACCAUGCAGAGCUUAUGAAACCAAGAUGCUCCUCUUGCGAUGAGAUUAUCUUCGCAGAUGAGUGCACAGAGGCGGAGGGCCAUCAUUGGCACAUGAAGCACUUUGCCUGUUUUGAGUGCGGGACAAUGUUGGGGGGGCAACGCUACAUCAUGAAAGACGGCCGGCCCUACUGCUGCGGAUGUUUCGAGUCACUGUAUGCAGAGUACUGUGAGGCCUGUGGUGAAAAUAUUGGAGUGGACCACGCUCAAAUGACCUACGAAGGUGGACAUUGGCAUGCCACAGACGAGUGCUUCUGUUGUGCUCAGUGUAAGAUGUCCUUGCUGGGCUGUCCAUUCCUGCCAAAACAAGGGCGCAUCUACUGUUCAAAGGCCUGCGGUCAAGGAGAGGAUAUCCACACCUCUGAUUCUUCUGACUCAGCCUUUCAGUCUGCUCGUUCUCGUGAAUCCCGGCGUAGUGUCCGCAUGGGUAAGAGCAGCAGGCCCGCUGAACAGUGGAGACAGUCUCAAGUCUUAAACCCCUCCACCGUAGUCUCUGCGUGCGAGUACAAGUUUGUUGAGGGGGAAGUUGAUGGGGAUAUUGAUAUCAUUGGGCAGAAACUUUCACAUCUAGGCCUGGAUGAGGAAAGGUUCUGGAGGGAUCGUGAGGAACAGGAUGCUGGGGCAGAGGAGGACCCAGAGGAAUGGGCCCAGCAUGAAGACUAUAUGACUCAGCUUUUGCUCAAGUUUGGUGAUAAAGGAAUGUUGCACCAGAUUCAGCAGCCAUCCCUAAAGUCUCCCAGUACCAGCAAUGACAGAAACCGUCAAAGUGUUUCUGACCCUUGGCUAAAGCCAGAUACCCUUGGAAUCACUGCCUCUUCACCUACCCCUACCAGUCCUACCCAGAGCCAAACUUCCAAUCAAUCCCGAUCCAAUAGCCUUAGCCCUGGACUCAUGAACAAGAAGCAUCUUCCGGAAAUGUACUGGGCCCAAUCUCAGGAUGGACUGGGAGACUCAGCCUACGGAAGUCAUCCAGGACCUGCCAGUGCCAGAAAGAUCCAAGAGCUAGAGUUUGACCAAGAUCAGGACCACUCUAGUGCAGGCAAACAUACCCUAUGGCCAGAGAACAGACAGUGGUACCAAGAUACACUGGAAUGUAUUGCAGAUGAGCUGAGGAAGGCGGGGCAGGGUGUCGGAGACUCCAUGGACUCACUGGCACUGUCAAACAUCACUGGUGCAUCAGUUGAUGGAGAUUGCCGGGACAGGCCUAUGUUGUACUCCCUACAUACAAUGCAGGAAUCUUUGGUGGGAGAUGACUGUGAGAAAAUGAGCAACAUGGGGACAUUUAAUUCAUCUCAUCUUCACCGCAGUAACAACUCUCUCAACCUUAACUCGGAGAAGGGGGAACAGGAGACGGCACAAGGCGGAGAGAUUGCAACGAGGGGAGGACGUCUCUCUUCGUAUCCCCAUUCAGAAGCAUCGUCUUCUGCAUUUGUCCAUGCACCAGCUCUGAGGAGGACCAAGUCACAGUCCAGGCCUCCUCAGAUGGUCAAGUUCACAGAAGACACUGUGGAUAAUGGAUAUAAUGAUGGAUUUGAGGUCAAUAUUAGAAAGCAUCCUAUGAGUGAGAGGCCACAGCGGAGGGCCUAUGCCCACGAUCAGGUGAGCAGGGAAAGAAGCCGUCCAAGUCACCAUGGGCGCAACAGACAGCAUUCCCACCACAGUAGACACCACAGGAGCCGCAAAACCCAUUCGGACAUUGCUCUUAACAUGAUACCUUUGGAAAAGGCACAGAGACCAUAUCGACAUCACCGACAGAAUCUAGCCAACCCACGCCAAAGGUCUCCAAGUCAACAACUGGCGUACUCUCAAACCCGGUCAGACUAUAUGAUUCAUGGCCCAUCCCAUGCAGACCCUCGGGUUGAGCAUUUUAUGGGUCUCUACAAAGAUGAGGAUGAGUGGUGUUCCACUUGCUCUUCAUCAUCUUCAGACUCUGAAGAGGAGGGAUACUUCUUGGGCCAGCCUAUCCCCCAGCCUCGACCCGCUGGGCGCUUCUAUGCUGAGGACUAUCCGAGGGUCAUUGCCCUCUCGUCCCAAAGCCAUGGCUCAAAGACUGGUCGCAGAAAGAGCCACCGCUCCAAAAACUGUAUUAUCUCUUAAAGCUCAGUCUGCAUUAACACUAAAGACCUGCAUAAGGCAACAAAGUGUUUUUUUGAUGUUUUUUCUUAACACAAAUGUUUUGUACAGGUGUUUAAGAGCUUUUGAUAUACGCAGAGUUGUAAGUAGGCUACUAUCUAUGGAAGGAAUGAGUCUUUAAUUGUUGCAAUGACCAAAAAAAAAAAAAAAAAGAAAA